CUGCCCUGUAUAGUCGUUCAAGUGUUGUUAUUCUCUUUGAAAACUCGUUAGAAUCACUUUGAUUUUUAACCGGUGAAAAUGUCUUGCUGUGGUGGAAACUGUGGCUGCGGCUCCGGCUGCAAGUGCGGCAGCGGCUGUGGAGGAUGCAAGAUGUACCCUGACAUGAACACUGCCGAGAUGACCACAACCGAGACUCUCGUCCUCGGCGUGGCACCCCAGAAAGCACACUUCGAGGGAGCUGAGAUGGAAUUUGGGGCUGAGAACGACGGCAAGUGCAAGUGUGGAGACAACUGCACCUGCAACCCUUGCACUUGUAAAUGAAGAGAG